CCACUUCACAAGAACCACAUAAUUAAAAAUAUCUUAACACGUAGAUUUCAUCCUAUAUAAUAGAACAUCGUAGAAAGAGGAGAAACAACAAAUAAACAAAAAUGGAUAUUGAAGCUGUGACUCCGACUUUGCAAGGCGAGUGGAUCGAGGUGGAGCAGAAAGGAGGAGAGGGACCAGGACCAAGAAGCUCACAUGGCAUAGCAGUGGUCGGAGACGAGCUCUACUCUUUCGGCGGCGAGUUAACGCCAAAUAUUUCCAUCGGCAAAGACCUGUACGUGUUUGACUUCAAAACCCACACUUGGUCGAUCGAAACGGGCAGCGGAGACCUCCCUAACGUCAAAGCCUUAGGCACCCGGAUGGUGCCCGUGGGAACUAAGCUCUAUAUAUUCGGAGGCCGCGAUGAGCAUAAACAGUUCGACGACUUUUACUCGUACGACACGGUGAAAAAGGAGUGGAAGUUUCUGACGAAGCUGGAUGAAGUGGGAGGUCCCGAGGCUCGUACUUUCCAUUCCAUGGCUUGGGAUGAUAACUAUUGGCGUGGAUAUACUAUAUUAGAGAUAAUGAUCGAGAGUUUGUGAUAAGACUUAGAGAUAUAGUUAGGCACUCCUAUUGUUAAGGAAGUUGUCGUUGAUGAUAAGGCUAAAUAGCCGACUCUCUUAUUGUAUAAAUAGGUUGGCAUUGCCGUUCUAAUAACACAAGUACUUUCGAUAUCUAAAUCUACAUGGUAUCA